UCGCUAAAACAAACACCACAGGCACACACUUUUGGAAAUUCGUGUUUUUCAGGCUCAUUUUCCUCGGUUGAAUAUUGAUAUCUACAGUGGAUGGGUAGCAAGUAAGCGGUUAAGUUUGCUUCCCUAUUCCUUCAAGUUUGGUAGUCAGGCGUAUCUGGAGGCGUGUUGAAUCACCUUGAAGGAAUGGUGCACAGCCUCGGUACCUGCUGCACCUCAUUGUACUUCUACACAGGUAAACAAACCCCAAACACGGCAAUAAAAAGAAAAACAACGAAAGUAAAAGUAAGAUCUGCGCUGGUGAAUAUCGUGUGCGGUGAAAGAGAACCACAGGAGAAAAUGGAAAGAUGAGCCACGCUGGAGCCGAAAUGAGACAUAAUAGAUAGAAGGAAAAUAUUGCAGGACAUCGCUAACCCUUAGACCUGGAGUGGUAGAAACACUAGAACAGUACCACUUCAGCCUCCUUGCACGCAACACCUCCGACGAUAUCCGCAGCUCCUCCUCAUCCUUCUCCUCCUCCUCCUCGACUUGAAUUCCCUGGCUCAGGCGCAACGGAGGCAUGGCGGACGAGGCAAUCACUUGGCAACAGGUUAACCAGCAUCUGGGUCUUGUGUUGCCUGACGGGCCCAAUCAAGCCGCCUGGAGGAGCUUCGUCAUUGAGCUCUUCCGUCAGGUACAGUCGAUGGAGGAGCAAAACAGGAGGAACUACAGGCCAAACGUGUGGGAUUUUUGCGUCCUGCACUCCAGCCACCCCAGCGACAUCGCCACCGCCAGGAACUUCAAGCGACUCCUCACCACCUCGCUGGGACUGUUCGGACGCACUUUGGGGGACGUGAACUUCGGAGAGCGCACUCUGGAGGCGGCCGAGGCGAUGGUAGAUGGCAGCACCAAGGUGUUCGUGCUGGCCACCAGACACAUGAGCCGUGUCGACGUGCCCAAGCUAGUCUACCAGGAAGUGCUGAUGGAGGAGCUGCUGCAGGAGAGGUGGCGUGAGAGGAUGGUGCCCCUGGUGGUGCAAGGUAACUUCAGGCUUCCCUUCGGUCUGCGGAACAUCCGACCCAUCCCCUUGCUGGACGACCCCUCCACUGCUGAGAUGGUGAGCAGCUUCAUCUCCGUGGACACGCAGAUGGAGGUGCGGGCGAAGAGGCGAAGGAGCGAGGAAAUAUUCAACAACCAACUGAGGCGCCAGAGAGCUCGGCGCUUGGUGGAGAUCAGAGAGACAGUGACAGAGCUGAGGCAAAGAUUUGGAGAUGACUUUGACCCCACUACACAGCUUGACCAGAUGACUGAGGCGUUGCGCAACAUCACGGUGGCUGACGUGCCGGGCGUGGACCAACAAGUGAACCUCAGCAACUGCAACAACGUCAACGUGGGGCCUUCCAUCCACUUCAUCGUGAGGUGCGACGACUCCACCACUCCACCGCACCCCAGCAGCCCCUCCACCAACCGCCACGGAGCCUCCACCAGUGCUUACGCGCCCUCCACUACAGAUCUCACCACGGAUUUCAAUGACUCUUACUGCGGAGCCGUUACUGAAUCCACCUACGCCGCCUCCGUCACUCUUUAGCUUUUGCGUCACCCACCUCUCUCUCUCUCUCUCUCUCUCUCUCUUACACCCAUCCAUGAACGUAUCUUUCUAUUCUUUUUAUUCUUUGAAUAUCUCUUUUUCGUUUAUUUAUCUAGUGUAAAUACCUGUUUGAGUGAAUGAGAUGUGGGUGAAGCAAAACAAUUACCUAAGUACAGCAUUCAUUUCAUUUCCCGGCACACCCUUUUAGAAGCAGGUGGUCAACAUGCAACAGGUACUGGUCUUGCAUCGAAGCCUCAAAUGUUCAUCUUACCUCACCUGGCCUGAACUGGGUCUAAUGGAAGUUAUUGGGGAAUUUUCAGAGGUGUCGUAAUUCUAGUGAUCGUUUUACUGGCUCUAGUGGACGUUAUUGAGGGAGUUUAAAGGUGUUCUCGUGAUCUUAGAAGAUGAAUUGGCUCUUGUAGAAGUCACUGGAGUUUUUAAGGAUGAUUUCAUGAUUUUAAUGGUCGUUUUAAUGCAUAUAGUGGAAGUUAUUGGAGAUUUCAAGAGUGUUUUCGUGAUUUUAGAAGUUUAGUUGGCUCUUCUAGAAAUUAUUAGAAUUUUCAAGAAUGUUUUCAUGAUUCUAAUGAUAAUAUAACGAGAUCUAUAUCUACUGGAAGUUCUUGGAAAGUUGAACUCGCUCCUGUGGAAUUAACUAGAGUUACCAAGGAUAUUUUCAUGAUUCUAGUGAUUGUGCAACUGGAUCUAAUUAAAGUUAUUGGAAGUUUCAGUUGAAGUGUGUUUUCGUGAUUCUAAAAGUUUGCCUGGUUCACGUGGAAGUUAAUAGAGUUUUUAAGAAUGUUUUCAUGAUUCUUGUGAUAAUGUAACUGGGUCUAGUGGAAGUUAUUGGGAUUUUUAAGGGCGUUUUCGUGACUGUAAUAGUAUUUCAACACCCUUUGGAAUUUUUGAAUGUGCUUUUCGUUAUUCUAGUGAUAUUUUAACGAGGACUCAUCAGCAUUAGUGGAAAAAAAAAGAAAGAAAAAGAUACCCAUGAGAUCCUGAUUACUUGCCUUGCUUAUCUUUAAAAAUAGUUGUGAUAGUUGUAAUAUGGUCUUUUAAUUAAAUUGUUAAAUAUUUCCAUUCUCAAACGUUUUGGCGCUCUAUCUCUAUAAUGUCUGCAUUUCUAAUGGAAGUUGAUGAGGUUUUCAAGAAUGCUUUAAUGAUUGUUGUGAUCACAUAACAAGGCUCUUGCAUCAUUAAUGGGUAAAAAAAAAGAUAAUAAUAAUAAUAAAAAUAUAUAAAUAAAUAAAUAAGUAUCUGUAAAUAUUUGAGAAUAAUCCUAAUAAGAAUUCUGGAGUGUUUCAAAAUGCAUUUACUCAGCUAUAAUGUAACACAGAGAGGCAGUAACACAAACAUUGUUAUACAAUAAGUAGAGAUGCCGAGGUUCGUGUUUUAAGCAUUGAAGCGUCUUAUCUUCACUGUACAAUUAUAUCAACAGAGUAUAAAGAAUUAUAUAAGAGUUUUCAAGAGUAUUUUUAUGAAUCUAGUGAUAGAUUGAUAAGUAUUCUGCACGUCACUUAGAAUUUUAUAGAAUUAUGUAUCAUCUACUGGAGUUUAAUAGGAUUGUGUACAGUCAGUUAGAGUUCAAUAGAAUUCUGCACCGUCCACUGGAGUUUAGCAGUGAUUCUACACCAUCUAUUGAAAAAAAAAAUUGUGAUAACCCAAAUAAUCAUCUCUGUAGUUUUAGAAAAUAUCCUCAUGUAAUUAAGUCUAAGGGGUUUAAAAUACGAGCCCCUGAAUCUUAUGAUAACAUGUAGAAGUCCCAGUGUUUAAAUCUAGAUCUAAGAAUUGAUGCUUAUCUGCUUCACCUAACCCACCGGGCUGCUCUAAGCUAUAAAAAUAAAUUCAUAAAUAAAUAUAAAAUACACACGUUAAGACUUUGUUAUACUGUAGUUUGCAUAUGUUACCCAAAUAAUAUUAUAAAUAUGUUUAUGUGAUGGAGACAGGUUUUUGUUUAAUAUAAAUUAAUAAACUGUUAUAUAAUUAUA